AUGCUCAAGCGCCAAGUUAAGGUAAGUUUAGAAGAAUCUCUACAAUUUGCUAAGGUCUCCCUUCCAUCACAAAAUGCAAAAAUGAUUUCAUCUCUUCUCAUUUCACAGACGAUUGAUGAUAAUAAAUCAAGGGAAAAUAAGACUGUUUUCCCUAUGCAAUCUGUAAUCACCCAAUCUGAUGUUUAUCACAUGAACCAAUCUUUGGCUAAUCAUAACUCAGUCAACAUUAAUACAGCAUUCAUAUUUCUUCCAAGAACAUUAGGAUUUCAGACAACCUCUGAAGAAAAUGUAUUUAGUAGCAAAGGAGAGAAACAAUGGAAGAAAGGUUUUGCUUCCAUUACAAUCACUGCUAAAAGAGUUAUUCCACCUUCAAACAAUAAAAUGCAGAGAAAUACUUUUGCCUCUUCUUGCUUGGAAUGCCAGGAAAAAAAUAAGCUGCUAAUAACAACGGUUCCCGCUUCAGAUGUAACUGGCUUAAGUAAACUCUCUAAAUCUUUGCAUUCUCAAGCAUAUGACCAAAAUCGAAGUGUUAGUAGAAUAAAGGUUUCUGAAUCUUGUCUGCAGAGAUGCAAGGGGCAAUCUGGCUGGAUUUCCAGCACCCCAAAGAGAAUGAUCCCCUCAGAUAACACCCAUAAGAAGCAGACACCUCUUUCUUUCACUUCCAGUGUCUACCUCACUAUUUCCCAACAGUGUCCAAAAACAAUAUAUUAUGUAGACAAGUCUCUCUUGGUACCUGUUUAUCAACCUCAGACUAAUACUCAAAAAAUGCAUCGGUCAGUAGUGUCUUUUAAUAUAAAUUGCAGUUCUCAAAAUACAACACCAGAUGGAGUGGAUAGUUUAACUAAUGGAGAGCUAAUCACAAAAGUACUUAAGUUCCCAAUGGAUCAUAAGACAUCAUUCAAAGCAAUUUGGAAUGCAGAUCUCAAAGAUAACUUCUUGGAUAAAAAACAGAGACUGGAAAUUGAAUCUUUAGGAACCAAAGAUUUCUGGAAAAAUGCCUCUCCAUCUGAAACUCUGUCAGUUCUGACCAGUCCUCAGGAAGCUGAUAAUUUAACACAAAUAAAGAAGAAUGAUGUACCUUCAAGUGAGAAUCCCAAGAUAUUAUCUGGUUACAUUCCUCAUUGGGCUUACUAUGAAGGUGAUUACAAAUUAUAUGGGUCAGCCAGCCAGUCCAAAGAAUAUAAGAUAAAUGUGAAGAAAGAGAUGGUCAACAGGUUAACCACCUCUGCAGUCCAUGAACCAGAUGUUCCUCAUGAGAAACAUGAAGCUUUCCAACUUUCAGAGGUCUGCUUUGAGCCUGAGAAAAUUCCUGCAAGCCCACUGACUCUCAGGGAGGCACUGGAAGUUCACAAGCCUCAUUUUAUUUCCCGCUCACAAGAACGAUUAAAAAAACUCGAACACAUAGUGCAACUGAGGAAAGCACAACAAAGUGAGGAUUUGGGUAAAAAACAAGGAACUGCUCUAUCUUGCAAGCUUUCCUCAGCUUCCAUUACAAGUAAGAAGAAACAAUAUACUGUUCCUCAUCCAUUAAGUGAUAACCUGUUCAAACCAAAAGAGCGGUACAUUUCAGAAAAGGAGAUGCAUAUGCGAUCAAAAAGGAUUUAUAACAAUCUUCCUGAAGUGAAGAAGAAACAAGAAGAGAAACAGAAACGGAUAAUCAUACAGAGCAAUAGAAAGCGGGUUGAAAUAUUUAAAAAGCAAUUAUUGGACCAACUUCUUCAAAGAAAUACAGAAUGA